UGUUGGGGGGGGGGAUCAGACCGUUCGUCCGUCCGCGCGCGGGGGCUUCAUCUCGUCUCUGCCCUCCUCUCUGUGGAUGGUGCGCAUCAGAAAAAAGAGAAAACUCUUCUUCUCCUCCUCCUCCUCCUUCACCCGGAGAGGCCGAGGCCGACAUUUUCCCCCCGGUCCGGAGGAGCCUCCACUCCGCGGGGACAUCCGAGGACACGACGAGGCUGCGAGGCCGAGAGCUGCCGGGCUGCGACAUGUGAGAAGAGCUCGACCCCUUGACCCUCACACCUCUCGACCGUACCAGAAGCCACUCGAGCCUGCGCUGCGACCUGACGCCCUCCUGCCUCGGGCAUGCCGCAGCCGGGUAUGAAUGGGAUGGAGCCUGCGUUUGGCGAGGCCUACGGGGGGCACAGGGGCCUGCUGAGCCCCUACCCCCUGGCCAUGUCGCCACAAGGGGGCAGGGCCGAGUACGACCAGAGCGUCCUCCUCAUGUUGGGCUCCCCGGCAUCGCCAAGGAAACGGCCCUUUGAGUUGCUAAGCGACCUGGUGGACGACGGCGGCCUCGCGGAGGACCUGCACCCGGAGCGCUGGGACGUGUCGGCACUGGACGAAAUGGCUCGCUACACCAAGCUGGGCCUCGGCGUGGGAGGGGAGCUGCUGGCCUGCUCCGAGGAGGCCGUCCUGAUGGGCCGCUGGGGGCGGAGCCGGGAGGAAGAGGAGGAGGAGGAGGAGGAGGAGAGGAGGAGCCGACACGUCGCCCAGGGAGUCCAGGCCACCGCUGCGGGGAGGGAGGAGGGGCGCACGUCUGCCGCCACCACGGCAACGGGGACGGGGGAGUUGUGCGUCGCCGGAAGAGCCGCGGGAGGAGGAGGAGUUCAGGAUGGGGGGGUGUCGCGGGAGCGGACAGUGGAGGUGUAUCAGGUGGCGCAGGAGGAAGAGGAAGCGGCGGCGGCGGCGGCGGCAGGUUUGACUCUGGAGCACUGCAGCAGCGAGGAGCACAACUACUCCCUGAGCCAGGGCGGCGAGCUGGGAGCGGCGCCCGGACACAACCCUCGACCCGAGGAGGUGCGAGCUGGGGAGACGCAGCAGGAGGCGCGGGGCAGGGAGGAGAGCAAGGCCAAGGCCGAGCUAGAUCUGGAGGACGAGGCGCAGGAGGAAGAGGACGACGACGACGAGGAGGAGGAGGAGGGGGGGGAAGAGGACGAAGACGACGACGAGGAGGAGGAAGAAGAGGAGGAGGAGGAGGAGGAGGAGACGGCAGUGGAAGCCGAACUCUCCAGCUCCUCAGAAACGGAAUGCGAGGUGGAGGCGGAGCCAGCCAGGCAGCCGGGCGAGCGGCCGGCGAAGCGCCGCUGUUUCUGGGAGUACAGGCGCGCUCGCGAGUCGGCCACGAAGAAGAAGCUGGGCGGAGACGUCCACUGGUCCCUGUCCUGGAGCUCCAGCACUCUGCCCAGCACACUGUACCGCAGAGAGGGUAAAAAAGGGCGGCGCAAAGCUCGCAAGACGGACGCCAGCGACCUGACGCCAAACCCCCAGAAGCUCCACAACAUCGGCGAGCAGCUGCAGAAGCUGAACGCUGCCAUCGACGGCAUGGGUCCGGUCAACGACCUCCCUGCCGUGGCCCGGGCGCGGUCGCGUAAGGAGAAGAACAAGCUGGCCUCCAGGGCCUGCCGGCUGAAGAAGAAGGCCCAGCACGAAGCCAACAAGAUCAAGCUGUGGGGGCUCAACCAGGAGUACGAGAACCUGCUCGGAGCUCUGCUGCGGAUCAAGGAGGUGAUCAGGCGACGGGUGGAGAGCAGCGAGGACGAGGACGCGGACGAACGAGGGAUGACGCAGCGCCUGGAAGACAUCCUCCGAGAGUCCAGCGGGCCUUUGGUCGCCGGGCGGACCAAAGACUUUGUGCAGAGGAUUUUGGCGGCCAGUGCCGGCGGCCAGAACCAGCGCAAAGAGCCUCCGCAGCAAGGAGACGAGACGGCGGGGUAAACCCACCCCACUGCACCUCCCCCUCGCCUCGCCUCCGCCGCCCAGCACCAACCAACCUGAGCUGAACCGAGCUUCUCUGCACCGCCGCCACACUCUCGCGGUGUAAACGCAAGAGCGACGAGGUGACGCAGAGGUGGAGAUAGAAGAGGACGGAGGAGGGCGGAGGAGGACGGAGUAGCCUAAACAAAAUGGGAGUAAAUUGCCACCUUGCUCCGCGUCCUCUCCUGUUGGCCCCGCCCUCCGAACGGCAGCCGCCUUCGCCGCUCGGCUGCAACACAACCUCCACCAGACCAGAGCUGCUGCUGCCGUCUUCUAUGUUCUGUCCGUCUGUGUGUGUGUGUGUGCGUGUGUGUGUGUGUUGGACAUGUAACAUACUGUAUGAGUGUGUAGUGUUCCUCUCUCCCUCUAUGUGUGCUGUAUUUGUACCCCAUUGUGCCUAUGAAUAGAGAUUGCACUGUUUAGUAGAUGGUUGUAGUUGUCGGCAGGGGGCCGGUAGUGAGCCGAGGGCCAAGGGGGGCGGGGGGGCAUUUGAGGAUAGAGGAAGUGCUCCAAUAAGGAAGUGGGAGGAGCCCAGGCCGGGAAAACAAAGAGGCGUGUGUGUGUGUGUGUGUGUGUGUGUGUGUGGGCGAGCGACUGGGCUCCCUGUAGAAACACUGCUUACCAUUCGGAUCGCAUCGGCACCUAAAAUGCCGGUCAGCGUUGGGAUACGCGGCGAGUGUCGCCCCGAAGCCGGAGCAGCUGUUCGUGCACGCGAGUGUGUUUUUUGUCGUGGAAAAGUCCUCGGAGCUUUAAUACCCCGGCCCCACAGCCCCCUCCCUCUUUAACACCCACUUCACCCCCAUCAAAAGUUUUUUAAAAAGAGAGAGAGAGAGAAAAAAAACUGCACCUUAAUUCAAACUGACCAAAGACGACUGAGACUGCUGAACCGCUCAGAUGCUGCCAACCAUCACCACGUCAUUAUAUCUGAAAACAAAACAAGACUUUAAGUGAAAUGUUUUGAUCGCUGUCAUGCGUCCUCAAAGGAUGACAUCACCGAACAGACUCUAACCCCUCCCACUUUCACCCUAAAUGCACUACCGCCAUGUGUCUGAGAGGCCGUGGUCACUUCCUGUCUUGUCACUUCCUGCCUGCUCAGAUCUGAGCUCUGCAGCCCCGGUUGCUCCUUCAGCUUCUCUGCGGGGGCUUUCAUCGCGCUGCCUUCACGUGCCCGUCGGGAAAAAAAGAUCCCACUUUCCCACGCGUGAAGUCGGGAUUGCGAGAAUGUCACGUUCGAGUGCCUCGCUGCCGGAGACAAAUUGAAAAAAAUGGCGACGUGGCUGAUGUAACUACAGUCCGUUGGUUACGGACAGAAGCAUAAAUAGCACUGGUCCAUAUCAAGUCAGGUGAACAUAGAUCACAAGUUGCACUGUUAAAGAUGAAGACGUCCCAUCCAUCACUGAAUCUGUUCCUCUUCUGGUCGCCCCACUCGGGUAUGAAAAUGAUCUCAGAGUUUCCACGCCCGUUAUGACGACUCUAGAGGGGCGUUCACGCGCAACGCGUAUUUACCAAAAUUCCGAUGACCACGUGAAGGCAGCAUUAUUUUCACCCACAAAAAGGGAAGUGCCCCCCCCCCCCCCCGAGCCCUCUCCUCGACCCCUGACCAGAUUAUUAUGUAGCGCACCUUCCUGAAUUGCAACGACAAAUAGAAAGAAGAAAAAAAAAAUACUUGUAGAUCUUAGAAAGCAAAUAAGUUUAAUUUGUUCUUUUGUCCUUUGUUAAAUAUUAUGAUUAUGAUUUUUUGUUGUUGUUGUUAUUUGGCAAUGCCACAGUGGCCCACAAAGUGGGCGUCGGCCUGGAGAGAUGAAAUAUGCCUUUCUCUUCUUCCUGUGGCCGAAAGCUGCAGACCGACGCGUGACGAGGUCUCUAAAAGAAAUGUUUGUCGGACAUGAAAUGUCAAAGGACCCUUUUGAAAUUGCACUGCGGUGAGAGCAACCGAGCACCUUUUCAAAGAGGACGUCCUCCAAAAGAGAGGGAGGACCAAAGAAAGAAGACUCGUGGCACCUUUUGUUUUUGAAAAAGAGACAGAUAUUGAUUGGGGAAGUCGCGACCGUCCGGCGGUCGGGGUCUGUGUCCGUGUGGUGCUACUGUAUGACGGAGACUUUUUUUAAAAGCAAUGCGGACCUGAGCGGAGGGGUCAGGCGGUAACUGCUGACUGGGGGGGCGGUGGGGGGCGAGGGGGGGUUGACCUGUGGGGCACACAUCGUUGUUGUAACGGGCAGUUUGCAUAACGACGCCUUUCUGAAGUGCCUGGAGCUCGAUGCCACAGGGACCUGUGUGAUUCUGCCUGAUCUCAAACCCUAUUACAAGGUAAAAAAAAAAGAGAAAAGAAAAAGUAACCAUGACUACUGCUCCGGGCUUGGCCUCGCUUGACUUCACUCUGAACAGAAAAAGAAAAAAAAGAAACAAAAAAACCCGACAGGCUUCCUUCCAAAAAAAAACAAAAAACGAAAAAAAGAAUCCAACCAAAAUCUUCUCCUUUACAAACCCGAAAGGUGGAAAACAGACGACAACAACAACCAGGAGCUGGAACCGGGUUCCUGUGAAUCAUCAUCUCUGGGAAAAAGAAAUGUAAAAGUGAGCUCAGUAAUCUCCCGACUUGGCUGCGUUCCAAAAGCUGCUGCUGCUCUUUGACACUGUUCCGCCUCCUUUUUGGAAACUCCCAUUUCCUGCCUCCGUCAGGGGGCAGAGGGGCAGUUAACCUAAAGCACCCCCCCCCCCCGCUCGUGGUCUAGUUCGAAAAGCUGUGGAUAUAUAUAGAUAUCUAUAUAUAUAUGAAACGUUCAGGCGGGCGCUUUAGUGUCGCUCCUGUUUUGGUUUCUGCAUCCUUGUUUGUUUUGUUUCUAAUUUCCUGGGAAACGUCGCCCUGUGCUCGCGUGGAUGCAGAACUGUACUGUCAUCAGAUUCCUGUUGUUGAGCUGGAAGGGUUCUGCUGCUGCUGCUGCUGGCGAACAGAGCUCUCUUAGCUCUUGCGGCCAAACACUCAUAAGCCCGCGGCCUCGCAAGAAACGACGCGAGCGGCGGGAGGCUCUGAUGUCACCGAGGCUUCUGGAAAACGCCAGCGCGGAAACCUGCCCCCCCCCCCCCCCCCCCCGCCCCCCCAAAAAAACGACAGACGAUGUAGCACGAGUCGAAGCGCAGAGGCCGGCAGAAGGACAACUCCUCAGCCUGUUUGAUUAAAGGUGCAUUCCUGCCGCCUCCCACUUUUCUCCCAGGGGCUUGGGGAAGCUUGGCGACGCUGCCAGCGGAGUCACAGGAUCUCGUGCUGGCAGCUGCCUCCCCGCCCCACAUGCCCCCACGCAGCCGCACACAAAACAUUCAAAAAAACAACAGAAGAAGAAAAACGAGGAGCGAAAAACGACGGCGCACUCGGGUCAAGUUUAACAUCGUUGCACGCACCAUCUGUCGGCGUCGUAGGGGGUGGAGGUCGUCGGGGUUCGGGGGAGAUUCCGCUUUGAACAACUUGAGAAGUGUGUCCUGAUGUUUUCCUUUUCUCUCACUCCGACGCCGCGUUACGCAACGCGACGCACCAUCUGCCGUGUACAUUGAUCUAUAUGCCAAAAAAAGAAAGAAACUGAGCUGGAGAGAGAGAAGCCCCCCCGCACGUCCAAAACGACUAGCGAGUAAAUUAUCAUAUCAGGGGUUUUGUUUUUUUCCUCCUUCAAAUUAAAACCACAGCAUUUUUGAUCUCUCCCCCAUUUUCUCCUCUUUAUGUCACGGUUUGUCCCUUUAGCGGUGAAGCGUCGAUGGGGGAGGGGCCGGUCUUGGCAGGGCCACUUGUCUCCGCUCACAUUCCUGAUUCCCAGAAAGCUCCUUGUUUGUGUGUACCCGGAAGCAGGAGGCAGAUAUUCUGAGGGCGGAAACUGGACUGACCCAAAGACGGAAUGUUUUCAUGACGGCGGUCCUGACCGGGUGGGGGGGGGUGGGGGGGGGGUCAACCGAGGAACAGCUGGGAUCUCAGGAACACAGAUGUGACGCUCGCGGUCUCACAGAUUGAUCCAACUCUGACCUCAUAUGGACAGUGACUUUGCAAAAGUCUGAGUUACUUCCGCGCUCGCGAGAAGCAAAAACAGAAACCGGAAACUCGUCUGAUGCUCACCGGCGUUUUUCUGGGGAAGAAAGUAGUUUUGGAUCCAGAGUUGGAUCCACGCAGCGGCCAAUAACCAUCUGCUGCCAAAUGGGCCGAUAUCCACCGGACGGCCGAGCGAGGCGUCUGACUCACGGACCUCUAAUCCGUUAUCUUCUUGCUCAGCGGAGUGACCAGUUGACGGGUGAAGCUCGCGCGUGGAUGUAUCGUCAAUGCUUUUCUGAAUUGACAGUUGACGUCCGUUUCAUUUUCGGUCAGGCUCAAAUGUGUAAUGUUGCUGAACUUUUUCCUUCCGUCGCAAAACAGAAUCUCUCCAGUAGGUGGCGCUGUGACUAUAACCACUUAUUGUCGGGCCGAUUAUUUAAUUCUGUCGGAGGAAUUCAGUUUAAAAUGGCUGUCAAUCAAAAAAAUGAAUACAAAAUGGCCGACUCGUCCAUUUGUCUAGUUGAAACGUGCCGGGUGAAUAGUUAAAGGGGGCGUGGUCACGUCGUUUAGCCCCGCCCAGGUGAAAGACCCCGUGAGUUUUCCAGCACUUUUAGUCUCAAAAAAUGUUUUGGAAAGAAGAAAAUUAGCUUCAAACUUUAUAUUCAAUAUGUAAAACAGCUGUAAUUUAUAUUGGAAAUGCCUCUCUAGUGCCUCCGGUGGAUAUUUGUAGUGCAACAAAACAUGUGACAACCAGAACCAAAGAAAAAAAGAAUCAACCAUUUUGAUCUGCAAAUAAGUCAAAUUACAAGCAAAAAUAUUAUGGUCCAUGGGACCUUUAAGUUAGUACCGGUCUGAAACCCAUAACUCGGGCUCUGAUGACAGAUGAACACGUUGGAAAAUGAAUCAUAAUUUGCGGCCCCCUGGUGGACUUUUCUCUCCAGCUCUGUCGAUGAAAACAUCCCGACCCUGAACUCGACCCCUAAGCGACAGGUCGACGCGUGUGAAAAGUUAGAGUCCGCCUGAAUAAGAGGACUGACGGUCCUCUCAGUCACCGCCGCUGAGGGUUUCUUUUGGGACAGGCGGGCUGAAUGGACCCAUCAGUAAACCUACACUGGUGGGACGCUGCUGACCUCCGGGUGCCCGUCCCCACUCCGCUCCAGCGCUCACAUUGUCGGAGACACUCGGGCCUCUCGGGUUUCAAAGGCGACGGGGCCUCCGGGGCAGAGGAGAACAGGGAGAAUGGCACUUAGCCUGGGGGAAGUUACUCCGAAACCUUUUGGUGCCGUCCACCACCUCUGCCUCCGCCGCCUGUCGCGCUCUCGACAGCUCCCGAGGACGACUUCAGCCGAGUCGACCCGCGUCUCCAGGCCCUCGUCUCCCGUGUCGCUGAGCUAUCCUCCGUCUGGGGAGGACGGUGUUAGUCCACGCAGAGCGAUGUCGGGCUGGAGGAGGCCGGUUCGAGUUGGUCUUAUCGUUACGUGGAAUCUCUCUCUGACGAUCUUUCCAAAAAAAACUAUCUGUGAUGAGAAGAUCCUACAUGUUCACGCCACGUUCUGCGGGAGUUCAAGUAGCUUUUCAUUGUUUUUCAAUAAGACACUUGUGUGUUUUGUCUUUCGACUGUGUUUCGCCUCACUGGUUUAAAGUGGGCGGGGCUCAGGUGGAAACGACAGAGGUAAACUUCUGUGCACCAAUCAGGACUUAAAUCAGAGCGACGUCGGGUAAUUUGGUUUGUUUGCCCCCCGUCAACGACUGAAGGACUUGAUUUAUUCACGACUUCAGGAGCUUUAACGACAAUUACUACCGCAUGACUUUUGUCUUUGCAGAUUUAAAAAAAUCACUUUGCUGCCAACUCCAAGAAGUGGUUAAGCCCAUUUCCCUAAAUUGUGAAAAAAAAAUUUCAGGAAAUGACACAUCCAAAAACACAUGAAUGUUAUUACUUCUGUAAAGACAAUAUAGAAAAAUCAACCUGACAACAACAAUUUUACUGAGGCAUCACACAGUCGUCUGUACCAGCUUCCGUACUGUUUUUUUUUUAAUUUUCAAAGUUCUUAGCUUUCUUACCGACAGUUAGCGGAGAAGAUUGAUAUCACUCUCAUAUCUGUCUCUGCUCUGUAUGAAGCUGCAGCCAGAGGGACGUUAGCUGAGCUCGCGACACCCACCGACCAGCACCUUGAACCUUUUUGUUGUCAAUAUGUUGUCGGUUUAAUUUGUACCGAGAAAAUAAAAGUGGCGAAAAUUAAAAUUGCUGCGUCUAUGGGAGGAUAUUCUUUGGCACUAUUUCUUGGUCGGGCGCACAGAACUUUUUGACGAAAGCGGGCAGCGUAAAUAAUGUAUAAUUUAAUUAUUAUUUGUUUAAAUAUCACCAGAGAUUGGAGGCGCAGAUUGCUCAACUCUCUGGUCACAACUGUGACGAUGACCGAGGCUGAAACUAAAAACGCAUCUCGUGGCUUUCACCAAAACCGAUUCGGUCGUUCGAGUGUCGAAGGCCGGACAUGGACUUGAGCGGGAAAAGGGAAAGACAAUGAAAAAAUUAUAAUCAGACACCUACUGGAUCUUUAAUCUAAAACUGUAAUGAAUGACGGGAGAAAAGGACCCAAGAGACGAGCAAAACAUUCCUAUCUUAUCAUGUCAUAUACUGUACAGCAACUUCUCCUUCCCUCCGUCUGUCUGUCAGUACUCGCAGUACUACAGUAAAUACUUCGGACCUGUUAACACAUUAACGCAUCUUUAUGUACAACUCCUUUUGUCAGUUAAUAACCUUUUAAGAAAAUAGUAGGGAAAAAAAACAAACAAAAGCAAACAAAAAAAAUACAAGAAGUGCCGUACAAAUAGAAGCCUAAUAUUUUAUUUGUUUGGGUUUUGUGUGAGUGUACUUGUUCACCUGUAUAAUGUAUAUUUUAAUAUUUAUAUGCAGCUGUUGUAUUAAAGUAUAUUUUUAAAAUAAAAA